CUACUAUUUUUGAAAAGCAUAAUAAGUGUCAUGUAUUUGAAAGGGCGUGGUUGUUGACUCACUCCCGCCUGGCAAUUGAUUAUUGAUCAGUGCCUAGAACCGCGUCAAAUACCGAGCUCACAAACGCCGAGGACCCAAAGCCCGGAAUACCUCAUCAACGCGUCCAUUAUGCGCCUUUUUAUGCCUCAACCAAAUAACCUUCAGGAUAUACCUAUACGUUUGGAACGGAACUGACAUACGGCGAGUUCAAUCUCUACCCAUCCCUCAAGGUGGCAGAUCCACAUUCGACCCUACCACAGCACCCAAAAUGCCCGUCACAGAAUUCCAAGAGCGCGUCUACACCCUCCUGACCCAGAUCCCGGAAGGCCGUGUCACGACAUAUGGCGCCCUCGCCCGCGCUCUGAAGUCCUCACCCCGCGCCGUCGGCAACGCACUGCGCAACAACCCCUUCGCGCCCGAGGUCCCGUGCCACCGCUGCGUGAAUGCCAGCGGCUAUAUCAAUGGAUAUGACGGAGAAGUAAUCAAGCGGACGACGUUUAAGAGGGCAAAGGAUGGGACGGCACAGGGAACGGCGAGCAGGUCUACGCCGAAGGGGGCGAAGGCGGAUGUCGCGAAAAAGGUGUUGCCCGAGGGGGGGAAUGUGUCGAAGAAACUGUUGAUUCUGAAGGAGGAGGGUGUCGAGUUUGAUGAGAGGGGGAUCCUGCUUAAGCCUAAGAAGGUGCUUUGGGAUGGGCCGUGGAAAGUGUAGACUUGAUGGGUUAGGCGUCGAUUGUGAUACCAGUUUCUUUAAUUUCAGACUGUAGAGGAUACGGUUGUUCAAGUCGAUAUGAUACGAAAGAUAAUUCGACGGCUCUGCCUGGUUACAAUGCUUGUGUCAAGGUUUCACGUGUAUUUCCCGCAGUUGACAAAAUAUACAUGCCUUUCUUUGA